AUGUCUGCCAAUUAUUCGACAAUCCCUGCUUCAGCAGUUAAACAGCCCAAACCCUUCAUCGUGCAUCAUACCGAUGAACAGCUACGAGAUUUCAAGAUCGAUAUUGAAUCUGCCAAGCUUGGUCUAGCUACCUAUGAGAAUCUUCAGCAGGACCGUAAGUAUGGAAUCACCUCGCAAUGGCUUCGCGAGGCCGUAGCGGCGUGGAAAGGCUUUGAUUGGCGCAAGGUAGAGGGCCAAGUCAAUCGUUUCCCUAACUUCACGGCUGAAGUUGAUGACAAUGGUGUCUCAUAUAUUAUACACUUUAUGGCUCUUUUUUCCCGUCGAGAUGACGCUGUACCUGUACUCGCUUUACAUGGUUGGCCGGGAAGCUUCCUCGAAUUCCUGCCUAUAUUCUCUCGGCUAUCUGCCAAGUACAAUCCUAAAGAACUCCCAUAUCACAUCAUUGUCCCUUCACUCCCGGGAUAUGCAUAUUCAUCAGCUCCUCCGCUGGACAGGGACUUUCGUCUUGAGAAUGCUGCCAAUAUCCUUGAUUCUUUGAUGGUCCAGCUGGGAUUUGAGAAUGGUUAUGUCGUUCAGGGCGGCGAUGUCGGGAGCAAGAUCGCACGCGUCCUUGGCGGUACCUUUCCGAGGGCCAAGGCUAUUCAUCUGAACUUUUCGAUUAUGCCUGACCCUGGUAAUAUCGACGAGAGCGUCUAUGAUGACUUGGAGCGUGAAGGUCUUAAGCGUGCCGAGUGGUUUCACAAGUUUGGCAGUGCUUACGCGCUUAUGCAUGCUACCAAGCCUGCCACUAUCGGACUAGCACUAUCUGCCAGUCCUGUCUCCCUCUUGGCAUGGAUUGGUGAAAAGUUUCUCGACUGGACUGACGAUGAUCUGCCCCUUGAUGCCGUCUUGGAGUCAGUUUCACUCUACUGGCUCACCCAGUGUUUCCCAACAUCGCUCUGGCCUUAUAGGCAGUUGUUUACGCCUGGUAAUAUUGGUGCGCACGAGAAUCCGGUGUGGCAUAUUAAUAAACCGCUAGGAAUGUCUUGGUUCCCUAAGGAGAUUGCGCCAGUCCCAGAGGCAUGGACUGCAACAACUGGGGACUUGGUGUUGUUUAAGAAGCAUGAUAAAGGAGGCCACUUCGCCGCCAUGGAGCACCCGCAGGUUUUGUUAGCUGAUCUGGAGGAGUUUAUUAACAUAAGAUUGUUCAAUGCAAAAGAGGGGAAAGAAGAAAAAGUAGAGUCCAGCGUGGCUUCAUCAUCAGUCGAUGAUCCACGCCCACCCAGAGAUCCCGAUACGAUUGCAGAUCCCCAACCACCUCCUAUCAACAGCAAACUACCUCUUGUCGCCAACAAAACAGAAAAAGAAAGCAAACGGAAUGAGCUCCAAGAGAAAUUGUCGAAUGACGCUUAUGAUAGGCUUCGACAGAGUGACAACAAGUACAUCGCCCAAUAUGAAGAGAUUCUUGUGUCCGAGCUCAAGAAAGACAACCCCGAUGGCGAUCCUGUCUCACUUGGGAACUCCCAUGAGGAGCGCUGGCGUCAAAUGCAGCGUCUUGUUGAGAUUGGCCUGUCCAAGACCGAAAACGAAGCCAAGAUUUACGAGAAGGUCAACGAUGGACUCGAACUCUUUGGCACAGUGAGAGCCCUUGUUGAACCAGCCGUGUCCGCCGUUCCGCAAGCUGCAAUCCCGUGGGUAGGAGUUUGCUUCAUCCUUGAAGUGAUUUCAAACCCCGCGAAGCAGCCGGGUAUCCAUCAACUUCUCCUAGAAGACAAUCUGAAGUCCGAGGAAGACGAUGAAGAGACCGCAUUGACGAAACUACGACUUGAGCUCCAGCCACUCAUCCUUGACCUGUACCAGAAGUUUCUCUCAUAUAUCAUAGAGAGUGUGUGCUACUUUCAGAAGAACCGAGCCACUGCGUUCCUGAAGAGUGUGGUCAAUAUAGACUACUGGAGUGGCAAGCUCAAGGGCAUUGAGGCCUCAGAAAAUGAAUUUGAUAAGCAGUCUCAGCAGUACAAUACGACAGAGUCCCGCGACAGGCUCAAGUCUCUGGUAAUUGGUGUCAAAAGCAUUGAGAAGGCUAUCGAUCGCCAGACAGAGCAGCAAAAGAAGCUGAAUGAGGACGAAAGCAAUAGACUAUGUCUUCGAGCUCUCUAUACAACUAAUCCACUCUACGACAAGGAGCGGAUUGAAGAGGAGAAGGGUGGACUUUUAUCCCAUUGCUAUUCCUGGAUUUUCCUUACCGAUGGCUUCCAGACUUGGCGACAAUAUUCUGAUUGCAAACUGCUCUGGAUCAAAGGAGACCCCGGAAAAGGCAAGACAAUGCUCCUAUGUGGUAUCAUAGAUCGCCUUGAUGAGACGACACCGGGCUUGAUUUCGUGCUUCUUCUACCAAGCCACCAGGAAUCAUCAGAAUAGUGCUACAGCUGUUCUUCGGGGGAUUAUCUGGAGUCUUGCUCAUCAGCAUCCUGCUCUAGUCUCCCAUGUGCGCAGUGAGUUUGAUAGCGCAGGGGAACAGGCGUUCAACGGACCAAACAAUUGGGAAAUAUUGUCCUCUAUCUUGAGGAGGAUGAUAUCGGACAGCAGCAAUCGGGUCCCUGAGGGUACCACUAUGGUAAUCGACGCCCUUGACGAAUGCACCAAAGACAACAAAAAGCUCCUCGAUCUGAUCGUGGACCUUUGUGCCAAUGAGAGAUCUAAAGUAAGGUGGGUUGUUUCGAGUCGUAACUGGGUUGAGUUUCAAGAUGCCUUUAUGAAGAAAACAAUUGCCUCACAACGAGCCAUUUUGUCUCUCGAGGACAACGAGGAAGCCAAGCAAUCGAUCAACAGGGCUGUUAAUGCAUACAUCGAGUACAAGGUGGAAGAACUCGAGAGGAUCAAGGAGACGAAACUCGAACCUGAGGUUCAUAACAUCUUGGCCGAAAAGUCUAGUAGUACCUUCCUCUGGGUGGCUUUGGCCUGUCAGAAAUUGCUAAGCAGCGAUAUUGAUGAUUGGCAAAUCCUCGAUGAACUGAAGGGACUGCCAUCUGGCCUGAAAGACCUUUAUAGGCGCACACUGCAGGAGGUGAAGGAUUCAUCUCAUGCAUCGCAAUGCAGGGACAUCUUAGCAGUUGCCGCUCUUGUGCACCGUCCUCUAUCAUUGGCAGAACUGUCCUCUAGUACCCAGUCUCUCUCACAGCACUCGAACAGACUUGAUGCCCUGAAGAAACAAGUCUUGCGUUGCAAAGGGUUCCUUGUUGUCACAGGAGACGUCGUCUCGUUUAUGCAUCAAUCCGCCAAAGACUUCUUGUUGGAAGACCAACUUGCAAAGGAGUUCAUCUGGGAAGGCAAGAAGGAGGAACAGAUAUCAGAAAGUAUUUUGCGUGUUCGUCAGACUAUCCUGAUCGCGAUGUUGGAGACGAUGAAGAAGACGCUCAAGUACGACAUUUACGAUCUUCAGAAACCGGGCGCAGAUGUACCGUAUGUGGACCGCAAGGAUGCCCUGGAUCCCCUUGAUUCGGUAAGGUAUGCCUGUUGCUACUGGGCUGAUCACAUCGCGAUUUUCGGUGACAAAAUUGCGAUUGCUACCCUUGAAUUCCUUAAAGCAUCAGUGCUCUACUGGCUAGAGGCUUGCUCACUGCUUGGAAAGGUGCCUAUCGCACUGUUGGCGAUUCAAAGGCUGAAAAUACUAGCGCUUGAUCUACCCAUCUCAGAGGACUGGAGUGCUUGUAUUCAGACGCUCGAAGGUCAUACAUCUACAGUGUCCAAUAUGGCCUUCUCUGGUAACGGCAAAUGGUUAGCGUCGACCUCUUAUGAUUGCACAAUCAGAAUCUGGGACGUGGCGACGGGUGUUUGUCUACAGACUGUAAACAGCCCUUAUGUAGAGGUGCAAGCUAUUGCAUUUUCUAGUGACAGUUCCUGUCUUGCGUCAGCAUCUGAAAACUGCACGAUCGACUUUUGGGAUACUAAGUCAGAGGAAUUCAGCAAGACUCAGACAGUUGAUACUCGAGGAACUGUUAUUAUUGGCCUUGUCUUCUCCCCUGAUGAUGAAUGGCUGGCCUCUUGGUCGAGUGAGCCCAAGAUUCAGAUCAGAAAUGCUAAAACGGGUGAUUGUAUUUACAAUGUUACGGUUGAGCAACGACUUCCGAUCGGGCCAGAAGUUCGGUUUUCCUUUUCAUCUGACAGCCAGCGUAUCUUGCUUGGCUCAGAACAGCCUGGCAUCCGGGACAUCUUUGGCUGCAAAUGGACCGCUCAUCCUGAGAUUCACCCAGAACGGCUUUUGACAUCAGCUUUCUCUUCAGACGGAACAUGGGUGGGACACGCCUUUGGCGAGCAUGGCCAUUCGAUUUGGACAUUUUCUGAGGCAGACUCCCAUCGAGUUGUCGAUUUCCUGAAAGAUGACGGAGCCUCGGCUAUUUUGAAUGACGGUAAACAAGUUGCAACGUGCACUGAGUACCCCUUCCGACUCGCCAUAGCGGAUACCACUACUGGAGCCGUUGCAUUUGCAGACCCCCAAACCGGAACAGAGGCUGGAAGAGGUCUUCCUAUGGCAAUGGCUUGGUCAGCCGACAGCCAGUGGCUCGCUGUUGGAGGAGUUGGAGCUAACGGCCAGAUUGGAAUAUGGGAUCCGAAGGCAAUCAAAGAUGGCAGCAUGACGAAUGAAAUUCGCAAACGGAUAAAGUCCAUGGCAUUUUCUACAGAUGGUCAGAUGUUUGCAUCGGGCUCUGAAGACGGCAUUAUCGAGAUUAUGGAUAUGACACGUCCUGGCACCAGUUUGCUUACACUUAAGGGCCAUGAUUCUCCUGUUUAUGCGAUCAUGUUCUCUACAUCAGGAAAGAUGCUUGCAACCCAGUGUCAGAUAGACCUUCGACUCACGACGACAUGCCACUGGUCCAUGGCAUUCUCAGCAGAUGACUCACAGUUCGCAUUUGUUCAAGGAGAGCACAUCAUUGAAGUUCAUGACCUUGCAGAUCAGGGCAUGUACGAACUUCAAUCAGAUCAUGUUUCGUGUCUGGUAUUCUCGCCUGAUGGUCUCUCUCUGGCAGCUGGAGAUAUGCUUGGUAAUGUCAAAGUCUGGGACUUACGGGCCAAAAACGCCCCGGAGUGGAAUAUUCGAAUCCAAUCUCUCAUCUUCACUUGCCAUUGCCUAUUCGUCUGA